AUGCCUCCCAAAGCUUCCACCGAAAGUGGCCAGAAGGUGGUACCAGCAGAUUGCGUCUCUGUCCUCCUGAUGGCUAUAGGUAGCACCACCAUCUCCAAGGCACAGUAUGAGAUGAUGUCAGCCCUCGACGGCACCCGAACUGCGAGCUCGUUCGAACAUCAGUUCCGCACGAUCACGGCUAAGGCCAAGGAGCUGAAAGCUCGUGCUGAACAAGGCGAGACUUUCCAGCCCGUGGCACCGGCCAAGAAGGGUGGUCAGACUACCCCAACAACCGCCAAGGCAACUCCUAAGAAGAGAAAGGACAUGUCUUCCGGCUCCGAGGACGCUACCCCGUCUAAGAAGAAGACGGCGACUCCCAAGUCCCGUGGCAAGAAGGCUCAGACCCCGGUAGAGGACACCAUGGAAGAGGACUUCCCCGAUGACGCUGAGGAAUUCAUCAAGAGAGAGAAGAAGUGGGAGGAGGAUGUCUUCACCUGA